AUGAGCCAGUGGCAUCCCGGAGCUGCUGCUCGGACUCGUAAGCCAGCCAAGCCAAAGGUACCUGAGGACUCUGGCGCCUACAGUGACUUAGGCACGCACAGGGAGAUGAUCGAGGAUUCCGUCCGAACUGAGGCUUUUCGAAAAGCCAUCUUUGAGACUUGCAAGGACAAGAUUGUUUUGGAAGUGGGAUGUGGGACCGGCAUCCUCUCAGUAUUUGCAGCACAAGCAGGUGCGAAACAGGUGAUCGCAGUGGAGGCCAACCCAGAGAUGGCAGACCUAGCACGCGACGUAGUCGCGGUCAAUGGCUUUGACGACAACAUUUUCAUCCUCCAGGGUUGUAUUGAGGAGAUAGCUGCUGAAGUUGAUGAAGUGCCACUUGGCAAAGGAGAUCAGUACGUUGUGGAGUCAGUAGGAAGGUUAAAGUUUGGUAAGGUUGACGUGGUCCUGUCUGAAUGGAUGGGCCGCGCGGCAGCACAAUCACUUGUCCGACAGUGCGUCGCAUUCGCUCGUGACCGUUGGCUGAAGGAAGGUGGCGUGAUGCUGCCUGCUCGCUGCUGCCUUCAUGUUGGGCCUUUCUCUCAUGCCAGUUUGGUCGAGCGGCAAACAGGAGAGCCUGCGAGACGUGCCAGCAAGUGCCAUGGUGUCAGGCCAUCUCGCGCAUUCACCGCCAUGCAAGGAUUUUGGGGGACAACUCCAUUUGGAGUCGAUCUGUCGCCGUUGGCUUUCCAUGUGUCUCGAUGA